GGGACAAUCCCAACAAGGAAACACAGAGCCCAUAGCGACUCCCUCACUGACCAUGGCUGCACUGUGUGUCUCUCUGCUACUGGCUGCUCUCUGCAUUGGCACAGCUGCGCCCCUGCAGUGCCACACGUGUACAAGUGCCCCCACCAACGCCGACUGCCAGACCAAAACCACCUGCGGUGCAGCCGAAACCUUCUGUCAGACUGUUGUUAGUACUGCUUCGGGUAAACCAGUCAUUAGUAAAUCCUGCGCCCCCAGCUGCACCCCAGGAAGCACCAGUAUUGCCGGGGGCACCAGAACCGUUUCCUGCUGCCAAACUGACCUGUGCAACUUCAACUGGCCCCCAGUUGGGCCCCUGCAGUGCUAUAAGUGUACUGGUGCUGCCACCAACGUCGACUGCCUGACCCCAACCAUCUGCACUCCAGCCGAUGUCUACUGUCAGACUGUUGUUAGUACUGCUUCGCGUGUCACAUCCAUCACUAAAUACUGCACCCACGACUGCAUCCCAGGAGGGGGCAGUAUUACCGGGGUCACCAGUAACAUUUCCUGCUGCAGCACCGACCUGUGCAACAUCAGCGGCGCCACUGGGGUAAAAUACAGUUACCCUGCGCUGGGGCUGUCCCUCGGGUUCCUUUUAGUCCUGCUGAGAGGCUCCGCCCUGUGAUGCCCCCCCGGCUGUGGGCAGAUAUGAGCAUUAUUGCCCUGUGUAUCAAACUGAUAUUAAUAAACAAUAGAGAGUAAAAACUGU